GCUAGCGCUGUCUUUGCGUCCUGCUCCGCUGUCACCCUCGCUGUCCCCGCCGCUGUCACCGCGGGUUAGGACGAUGACUGUGGGGAGGCCUGAGGGAGCCCCCGAGUGCGCCGAGUGGUGCCAUGAGAUAUUUCCCCCCAUAUCUUCCUCAUCAGACACUGAGCCAGAAGAUGAGCCAUCUGGAGAAGGGCUGGUUUUGCCCAGAGCUGGCAAACUCUACGAGUUCCUCAGCUCAGAGGAGGAGACAGAUUCUACUUCUGACUCAAAUGAGAGCUUUUAUGAGAUUCUACAAAUUCUAAAACAGAAAGGCAGAUGGAAUCGGUUGGAGUCCCUCCUUCAGUCUGACCCAAACAGUGAUGAGGAGGACUCCAAAGAUGAGGAAGACUUGGAACAUUUCUUCCAACACAAGAGCAGGAGGAAGCUACAGGCCCAGGACCCUCAGUCUCUGAGGUGUGGCUCCACAAGACGCUGCAGCUCCCUGAGCAGCCUUCCAAGCUCUGACAUUUCCAGGGCUCAGGCCCUGCCGUCCUCAGACUCUGGGCCUGCCCCCAAGCAGAGAAGUGUCUGCUCCUGGGCAUCUUCCAUCACCGUCCCUCAGCCAUUUCGUAUGACACUGCGCGAAGCCCGGAAGAAGGCCCAGUGGCUGGCCUCACCUGCUUCAUUUGAGCAGGAGAGGCUGCAGGCACAGAGGCAGGGCCAGGAGGAGGCUGAGUGCCACCGGCAGUUUCGGGCUCAGCCUGUGCCCGCACACGUCUACUUACCACUCUACCAGGAGAUCAUGGAGCGCAGUGAGGCCCGGAGGCGCACAGGGAUCCAGAAGAGGAAGGAACUACUUCUCUCCUCACUGAAGCCCUUCAGCUUCCUGGAGAAGGAAGAGCAGCCGCAAAAGGAAGCUGCUCGGCAGAAAGACUUGGCUGCCAUGGCUAAGGCCAAAGUCCCCCAAAAGAAGGCCAUCAGAAAGAUCCCCAAAUCCAUUCUGGAGCCAGCCCUUGGGGACAAACUCCAGGAAGCUGAGCUCUUCAGGAAAAUUCGCAUCCAGAUAAGGGCCCUAGACAUGCUCCAGAUGGCCUCCUCCCCUAUCAGCUCCUCCAGUAGCCGGGCUCCCCGCACAGCCACCCGAACCCAGGAGGAAAAACUCAGCUUUCUACAGACUGACUUUGGAUUUCAGCCUCGGGUGAACUCUGUGGUCCCUGACUAUGAGGGCCUUUACAAGGCCUUCCAGAGAAGAGCCGCCAAAAGAAGGGAGACCCGAGAGAUGACUCGAAACAAGCCUUUCUUGUUGAGGACUGCCAACCUGUGUCAUACUCCACGGUCCUGUGAUGCUGUCACCACUGAGGGGAGAAGGAAGUCCCCUCAGCCAGCACGGACACCCCUGACAAAGAGUCGUUCUCUGAGUGGCCUUGCAUCACUUUCUGCCAACACCCUCCCUGUGCACAUCACUGAUGCUACCAGGAAGAGGGAAUCUGCAGUCAAAACAUCACUUGAAAAAAAGAACAAAUCAGAUGGCAGUAUUCAGUGGUUGGAGACACACAAAAAGAAUUGCCAAGCCAUGUCUAAAUCAGUGACCUUGCGUGCAAAAGCCAUGGAUCCCCAUCAAAGCCUGGAGGAGGUGUUCAAAGCAAAGCUCAAAGAGAACCGGAACACUGACCGUAAAAGAGCAAAAGAGUAUAAGAAAGAAUUGGAAGAAAUGAAGAAAAGAAUACAAACGAGGCCCUAUCUCUUUGAACAGGUUACCAAGGACCUUGCUAGGAAAGAAGCAGAACAACGGUAUCGAGAUGCCCUGAAGCAGGCUGGACUGGAGGAAGACUUUGUGACAAACCAGAGUCAAAGCACACAGGCAGUACCCUGGAAGAAGGCCAAAGUCAAGAAUUCUCGCAUCCAUGAAACUACAAAACACAGCAUCAGAGAUCUACAGCAGGAUUUAGAGGAAUCUCUAGAACAGCCUGCUAACCCCAAGAAAGAACUGGAGGAGCUCUAGUAUGAACCACCAAUUUCAAAUCAUUUGUUUAAGCAGUUCACUUAAUAUUACUACAUUUGAAUGUCAAGCAGCUAACUAGGGGUUGAGUAAAAGCAGGCAAAACUUGGGUUUUGAGUCAUGGCUACUAUAAAAGAAUGGGAAAAAGUAACAGAUAACAGAAAUGGUUUAAGGGAAUCAGAAUAAAGAAGUUCAGGGGUCACAGCCCAGAGUUAAGAGUUCUUGCUUUGUGCGUGACACUUUAGGUGUAGAAAACAAGGUCCAAGCUUAAGUCCCUAUCAGGGCUAGUUAGGAAAUGUGAGUCAGAGGGGUAAAUAUAAGAUGGUAAGCCUGGAAAGAGACCCAGAAUUGCCAGACCAACCCCAUCUUUAUCAGAAGCCAGAAAUAUGCAUGCUGGCAACUAAACAUUUAGGGUUAUUGUGUGGAAGAAAUAAAACAUGUUUAUCAGAUUUCCUCCACGGGGAGGACACAUUUGUAACCUUCAGCACAGGCCUUAUCAUCAUCAGCAUUUGAUACACUGGGACAGGUCAUUUUUCCUAUGAACCCAGGUCUCCAUAGUACAAGAUAGUUGUGCAUG